UGUUAUAAAUAUCCAUUUUCUCAUCCCUCAUUUCAGACAAACUCAAUUAAUCUCUCUCUUUCUCUGUUGCGUUUGCUCAGUUUCUCCUCUUGUAUGGCCGCCAAUUCGAAGAUCACCGCCGUCGGGAAGCGUCUCGCCAACCAGAUCUGGAACUCCGGCAACUCUCCAUUGCCUCCUUCCGCUGCCUCCUCUGCUCUCCCUUCCAUCAGGAGGGCAGCAUACAGCACAUCAGUGUACGACAAGAACCCAGAUGACCACAUCCGGGCUGGGCCGGUGCCAGAUGAUGUGAUCCAGGCAACUGAAUCCGGGAAGUACUGGGCUCCACACCCACAGACUGGGGUAUUUGGGCCCCCGGGCGAGCAAGCCAGUGGUCCAGCGGGCUUCCACUCUGAUGCUGCAGCCACCUCCGUUCUGGAGGAGAAGGCCUGGUUUCGUCCCUCCAGUCUGGAGGACUUGGAGAAGCCACACCCCACCUAGCUUAUAUAAAUAUUUGCAUGCGUAGUAUAAAAAUAUAUAAAUAAGUAAGUACCCUAGUGAAGUGCUGUGGUUGGUUGGUUACUCCAGGUUCUGUAUAUUUUAGUGCUGAGCACACUACAGGUUGAUGCUCGUUGAACAAGAGUGAGUGUGAACUGGAGCUUUUAUAUUACAUUAGCUAUGUAGUCAGCCAUGAACUACGUUAUGCUUGUAAUUGUCUUGUUUUUGUUUUCAUCCAACUUUAAUAUUAGACCUAUGGUUAUGGCGGUUCAUGCU